AUGUCGCAAGCAGCAGCAACAGUAAGAGGAGUCGAGACACGCGGGAUCUAUUGGGGUGUCCCCACCUACCCAGAUAGUCUGAAGGGUCUGAAAGCGAUUGUCUUUGGAGCAAAUGGCAUCUCGGGCAACUACAUGGUAAGGGCGCUUUCUCGAGCACCAGAGAGAUGGGAACAAGUUGUGGCUUUGUCACGUCGUCCGCCGCUGGCAAACCAAAAUAUCGCCAGGAAUGUCAGGCAUGUCCAGGCCGAUCUGCUGCAGGAUCCGAAGGACAUUGCGCGGAUCUUGAAAGAUGAACGGGUCCAAGCUGAUGUCGUCUUCUUUUUCGCCUAUCUACAACCAACCCCCAAGGAGGGUGCUUCGUUAUGGUCGAACGCUGAGGAGCUUUGUAAGGUCAACGGUCAACUGCUUCAAAACUGUCUCGACGCUCUCGAACUAGCAUCCAUCCGACCGAAGAGAUUCCUCCUCCAGACGGGAGCGAAAUACUACGGCGGUGGACUUGCAGUGCCCGCCCUCGAGUCUGACCCACGCAUCGCAGAGCCAAAUUUCUACUACGUGCAAGAAGACCUGUUGGCCGAGUACUCGCGCAGCACCGGCGUGCAGUGGAAUGUCGUGCGACCGGCCUUCAUCAUCGGCGCGGUGGAAGACGCCGCCAUGAACUCGGUCUAUCCGCUGGCGGUCUACGCGGCGGUGCAGAAACACAAAGGCGAAAAGCUCAUCUGGCCUGGUAAUUUCGCCGCCUGGGAACGCGAGGUCGUCCAGUCAAGCGCCUGGCUCAACAGCUACCUGUCGGAGUUUGUCACGCUGAAUGAACAAGCCGGGAACCAGGCGUUCAACGCCGCUGAUGCGAGCUACUUCACCUAUGGCGGACUGUGGGUGGAGCUGGCUGCCUGGUAUGGAAUCGAGUACACGCUGCCAGACGUUGGGACCGAAGGGUUCCAGGAACUUUCAUUGGAAUUCAAGAAAAACAUGAGCUUCGCUCCGACGCCUAUCCUAAAAUUCAAAUUCAGCUUUGUCGAGUGGGCUCAGAGGCCGGAGAACAAGCAAGCGUGGAAAGAGCUCGUGGAUAAGCAUGGUUUGAAGGGGAAUCCUUUUGGGGAUAAUCUUCAACGGAUCUUCGAGUUCUUGGACUUUGCGAUGCUCCCUCCAUUCCCUUUUACGCUGAGUAUGACCAAAGCCAGGAAAUUGGGUUGGAAUGGCUCUGUGGACCCUGUUCUGUCUCAUCGCGAAGUCAUCGAAGAGUUUGUCGCGAUGAAGAUGGUCCCGCCGUUGACGUAG